ACAAGUAUAGGGCUUGGUUAGUUUUCUGUAUCAUCAUUGGUUGUUUCUGUAUAAUGCUAUGUGUGGCGUAGAGGUAUAAAAGUUCCUAAUCUGUAGUUCAGCUUCAACUUGAGGAGGAGGAACUGUUCAACUGAAAAGUUACAACCUCCACGGCUGCAUUCUUACACAUUUAUUGAAAACAGAACGUGAAAAAGUUGAAAUGAAGAAGCCUGCUCUCCUCUCUGCAGUCCUGCUGCUGCUGUUUUUUGUUGGGACAUCAGCUCAGGGUAACACUAACUUCAAAGUGCAGGUGAAUGUGUCACCCAAGAACAUUAAGACCUACAGCACUUCUACUGCUUAUAGAGGAAGCCUCUUCGGUGGACUGACGAGACUGAAAUACUCAAACCAAGGUUUCAACUUUCAGUACAUACCAUAUGAUGACUAUGGACCAUUCCUUCAGAGUGUAAAUGGUUUGGCAGGAAAUUCAUCAUACUACUGGCAACUGCUGAGUGGUACAACCCCACUCGAUGUUGGUAUGGGAUGUUACCUUCCAACAGCAAAUGAAGUCGUCACCCUGAAAUACACGAAAAUUUAAGACCAUCUAAAGUCUUAUUGUGACUUACGGUCAACCAAUACACUUUGAUCUUUGGCAAGUUGAGGUUAAUAAUUGACUUGUUGUGUCAUUUUUUUGCUUGGGAGUCUUCUAAUCAUAAAACGGUAGCCUAUCACUAGCUUACAUUCUUUUACUGGGUUUCUGUCAGACUUUAUGAAUUAAGAUUACAGCGUUAAUCUACAAUUCUGCCACAGUGUAGUAAUCUGGAGUAAGAGAAAACUCCAUCAGUCACAAGAGCAAUCAGUAAAACAUAUACAACACUUGCGUAUUAGUCAACUGAAGUUCUUGAACUGUUUUUUAAUUUACUGCCUUUAUGGCAACUUUUAUUGUGUUUGAGAGCAAUUAGUAGUUUCUCAACUUGCCCCUGAGUGCCAUAAUUUUACGUUCAAAUUCCAUUAUUUGAUGCUUACAAGUGCUCUCAGUUUUACUGUAAAGAGAUGGUGUGGUUAUACAGUAGACUGCCCAGAGGCUGCUGGCCAGCAAAAACAGCAAGGGGGGUCAGCUGCUGACUCCAUGUCAAAAUAGCUUCUUUAUCCUGCAAAUCAAGUUAUCAACAGCUUGCGAGUCAAAAGGCUUCUGAGAUUGACUGGGCUGCUGACCUCCCCUAUUUUUGAGCUUUUUGGGGCUCCUAGAGGGGUGUGAGAGGGGCAAAAUAAGAUCAAAUUCAUUGUUGAAUCAUUUUUGUAUGAGUGCAUUUUUAUUGUUGAAUAAAAUGUUACUGAUUAUUAGUGUUAUCUUCUGCAGGCAUUAAAUAAAACAUGUAACUUGUAGUCAACGUACAAUGUUUCUAGCCUUGGUUUGUUUUAUUUUUAGACAAGUUUUAUUUAAAGUGUUGUUAGCAUGUCCACCAUUAUAUAUCCUAAGACUAAGAAAGGUCUAGACCGAGGAUGUGAAAAUUAAGACCAGAGGCCAGAAACGGCUGUGAGAUUAUCAUACUAUCUUAUGCCACCUUAUCCUUCUAAUCAAAGAAUUGUUGAAUCAUUAUACAGCUAUAGGCCACAUUAUGCCUUGGAUUAAAAAUUGUGAAAUCAUUACACUGUUUCAUGAUGCAUUAUACUGCUGAGUUAUAAGAAAUGCUGUUUGUGUAGAAUCAUGGCGUUCCUUUUCUGAUUACAAAGAGAACAGAACAUACUGUAGAGGUUUUCUGCCCCAUCUCAUCAGGCGGAGAUAAAACAGGAAGCCAAAGCCGUCACUUAGGCGCUGUAAUAGAGAUAGAAUGUGGAUGUUUAGGUUUUAUGACUUUGGAGGGGGGCUGAAGCUAUAAGAAUGUGAGAAACGGUCAGACACUUCGAGAUCUGGCGGACACCCUCCUGUCCACAUCUCCCGUCCGGAUUUUUAUGCUCAAAGUGUUGUAUAGAAUAAUGAGAAUUGUAUGGAAUAAUGAGAUUGUGAUUGAGCAUUUAUACACUGAGUGUUGUUCUUCCUUCAGCCCAAAGAUAAAAGAAUUGGGAGAUUUAACA